AUGGAUUUCAUCAAGACCAGUUCCCUGCGUGCUCUGAUUGAGUUAACUUUCCAACGCAACUGGAAUGGCCUCAUUUGGAUGAGAGAAACUGGUCCAGACGGCUCUAUCGAGAAAGCGCCCAACCGCGCAGUCCGGCCGAGGAACGAAUGUUCCGCUCGGCCAAAGUCUCCGUCCGUCCAAGUCUCGGCCAAGUCACGCAUCACGACCCGGGAAACAUGUCCCGCGGUCGGCCAAGCCACAACCACGCCGCGCACGACCAUGCCGCGCGAGCCGGGAAACAAAGCCUCGCGGCCGCGCAACCUCUCGCGUACCACGGCCGAUGCGCCGUCCGACCGGGAAACCGUCCCGCGUCCGGCCGAAAACAUCGGCCAAAUCUUCAUCCGUCCGACCAGCGGCCGACCACGAAUCCGUCCGGCCACGACCGUUCCGACUCUCGGCCACGACCCGAUCCGGCCGAUCGUCCCGACCGACCGUCCAACGCCGCGGUCGACCCGAAGCCCGUUUUGA